UGGCAUCGCGUCGUGUUAGACGGGCGUUUGGCAUCGCGUCGUGUUAGACUGGCGUUUGGCAUCGCGUCAUGUUAGACGGGCGUUUGGCAUCGCGUCAUGUUAGACGGGCGUUUGGCAUCGCGUCAUGUUAGACGGGCGUGUGGUAUCGCGUCAUGUUAGACGGGCGUUCGGCGCCUCGUCAUGGUAGACGGGCGUUUGGCGUCGCGUCAUGUUACACGGGCGUUCAAUAAUGGACGAUAGCCAGACCGUGUUGAUGUUGCUCCUGUAUAAAGUCCUCAUCUACCCCUAAUACUAGUCGACCACUCUGGACUUGUCUGGGAAGACCUGCCUCUCCUCUACAUCAAAUCAGUGUGAGAAACUUGCUAGUAAACGUUUGUGCUAUUGACACUAAAUAAAUACUGCACUUUGACCCCCCCCCCCCCCACACCUCUUUAUCAGAUUCAUGAUAGUGUUCUUAGAAAAAGCGAGGGAAGAACGUGUGAUUCUCAGCCGUCGUUGGUAAUUAAUCUUCUUAGCUUCUGAAAUGGACUUAGUCGUGGGUUACUUUUCUAAAAAUGGAUGAAUGUUCACCACAGACAAUCAGAUACGGAGCAACGUCUCCAUGCGGGCCUUCAACAGAUGAAGGAGCACUACAUGAGGGCUGUUGAGAAAAUCAGAGGUGACAUGCUACGGUACCUUCAGCAGAGUAAAGAGCGAGCAGCGGAGGUGAUCCGUGUCGAGGUGCUGAGAGAGAGGCAGGACACAGCCAGGAAGAUGAGACGCUACUAUCUCACCUGUCUACACGAACUUCUAGAGGACGGGGUGCAGGCCACAGGGGCUGAGAAGAAAAUCAUUAACGUUGCACGUAAGAUGGCAGCCAUGGCCAAAGUGUUGGAGACCCCUACCAAGAGGACGAGGGGAAAGAGCCACAGCUUACCGGGCUCGUCGUUAAAGACCGAGGCAGCUACUGACAGCCAUCCAGGAAAGGCUUCAGGCUCUACCUCUAUUAAAACCCAAUGUCCAGCUAGCCACCUCCCUGAGACCACCAGGUCCGGUCGUGGUGAGGGGAGAACCCUGAAGACCAAGAUGUACUCUGACCUUGACUCCAAAACCUCCUCAGCUGCAGUCAAGACCACCAGGACUACUAGGCCCAUGAGUAAACCCACCCACCAGGAACCCCUGACCAAUGGCAAAGAGAAAGGAGACCCUGCAGACACGGCAGAGAAACCCCAUAUAUCUUCAGGACUCUUCCUCUCACUUCCUCCUCACAAACCCUCUCAUCAGAUUGGUCAAACCUUCCUUGACUUUUACCAUGGUGAUUUUACUAACGUUACUCUAAGGACCCAGACCAGCAGGGAGCUGUACCUGCAGGGGGUGGAGUCUGGGAGACCAGACGAUGACAUCUUCCUGUGUCACCGUAGUAACACUAAAACCUCCCUGGUUCAGGAGUUUCCCGUUAGAGACGGAGGAGGAUUGCGCGAUUGGAGUAUGUCCAGUAAUGUGUCCCAAGAUGGCCGCCACAUCCUCGCACUUAACUCUUACCCAGACAGAAAAAUGGAAACUGAAACCGUUCCCUCUGCGUGGACCUUCUUCAACCGAUGACCUGGGUGAUUUAAGGUAGCCAACUCAGACAUGACAGUUUAUAAAGAGAUCGUCAAUGUCAAUAUUCCGUCCCACACCGCCAAAGCCUUGAAUUUCCCCUGUGUCCCGCCUCAGACCAAAGCUUUGACUCAGUCUGUCCCCAGUAUUUUUUUUGUAUUUUUCUAAAUGUAACCUUUUUAUUUAACUAGGCAAGUCAGUUCUACUACUAGUAGUAGUAGAUCCAGUCACCGAGAGCCUGUCCCUGGCUCUGAGGGGGACCGGCAGAAUCAGAACCAGUUCCAGAACAGGAUGUGUUCUAAAGAGUCUGUUCUCUGAGCUGAAGCUGAGCCAACAACAGGACAGGGGAUUUGACAGUCCGUUCUCUCAUCAGAAAUGACUCAGAGGAGACUGCACGCCUCCUCUACUUUUCAGAAGUGAUAUAAAGGGACGGAAUGGAGUAAGUGAAGAUUAGAGUGAGUCUUGAACUUGUGUUUUGGUUCAUCGUCAUCGUGACUGUGAGGUCAUCGUGACUGUGAGGUCAUCGUGACUGUGAGGUCAUCGUGACUGUGAGGUCAUCGUGACUGUGAGGUCAUCGUGACUGUGAGGUCAUCGUGAGUUCAAGUAAACACCCAGUUAAUGUGUGUUAGGACCAAUAGUUAUCUAUUUUGUGGUGUGCAGUGAAUUUGGCAUUGGAAAAACUGAUGAAAACAUACAACCUUUUGCGACUGGCUUCUAUUCAAUGAUUACCACAGUUCUUCUGUGUGUCUGUGUUUUUUUAAUUUUAUGGAUAGUUAUCUGUACUGAUGUAUUUUAUAUAUCAAGGUGGUGAGAUGUGCUGUGCAUGGAGCAAGCAUAAACUUCUCAAUAAUGUUGCAUUAAUGUAAUUUCUAAUGAAAUGUUUUUCUCUUGUUUUAUCUUACCGAUAAUGACAAUAUUUAGACUUGUCGUUAUCAAGAAUUAUUUUAUUUCUAAGGUGUUCUGUUCACAG